AAAAACUCUGUCGAACCGAUACGUCCAGUGGUUAGAGUUUAACAUAUAGUUGUAGCCCACUCUUCCACCUAUCUUUUCAUACCAAGACUAUGUAUUUUGAUAACAAUUGACAAAGUUAAAACAAUUUAGUUGAAGAAAAACAUAAUUUUGACCACAGUUUCUUCAACAAAUCCAUAUAUAGAAAAAUCGAUGAUGAAACAUACAGAUAUUUGCUUAAACCUUGAUGAAGAUAGUAUGGAAGAAUUGGAGAAAGAUAGUUGUGAUUGUCCUACAAUAGAUUGUGGAGAAGAAGAGGAUAAUAAAAAAGAAAACGAUAUUUCUGAGGAUUCUGAAGACAGCGAGUUGGAAGAUUCGUUGGAUGAGGCAGAGGCAGAAGAGAGAAGAAGCAGGUACUUGCAAGAUAUGAAUGAUUUAGAAAAGCAGUUUGUAGACCUCAAAGAACAAUUGUUUAAAGAAAGAAUUACUCAAAUUGAAGAACAACUUGAUCAUAUUAACAAUAGUGAAGCACAGGAAUACACAGGUCCACUAAAGCAACUUGAAGAUGAAUUUAUUGGUAGAAAUGAUGUGGCAGGCCAUCGAAAACACUACAGGACAAUAAAUUUGGAAAACAAAUUGAAAUGCGAAUUGCAAAAUGCUGAGCAGCAUUUCCAAAAUGAGGAGCAGCAACUUUUUGAUGCAUUGCAUGCAGAUUUACAAGAAAAGUUGCGAAGGAUUGAAGAGGAAAGACAUAAUGCAGAUAUGCAUUCAGAAUUGUGGUGCGAUGAUUCAUUACGGUACAGAAAAAGAAGAAAAGGGCUAGAUAUAUUCAUCCCAGAUAAAAGAAAAAAACCUGUCAUUGUUUCAGGUCCAUACAUUAUUUACAUGCUUAAGGAAUUAGAAAUCAUGGAUGAUUGGGCUGCUAUACGAAAGGCAAAACUUGAACUUGCUGGCAGAAAUAAUGCAGAGUCAAUGACAGAUGAUCCAUUAAUAGUUGCUCGUUAUGAAGAUGGGAAAUUUUUCUAUAAAGGAGACUGGUUUCAAAAAGGUGAAAAGGUUUUGCUGGAUAAUAGCAUUGAUAAUCCAGUUGUUGCUACUAUCACUGGAAUUAAUACUGUAGAGUUAUGGGUUAGCAAAAGAGAAGGCGUUAAAUGCAAACUAUCUAUUGCACAGUUUCAAAAAGGAAAAUACAUAAUGCGACGAACUGUUCCUGAGGAACUUACGUGAACGGUAUUGUUUUUAAAUGGUUUAUCGAGAUAGUAGUUUUCGAUUUGGAACUUUGAUAUUGGUAAAUUGUUACCGUGCUAUUGAUUAUUUUUUUAUUGAAACCAAUAUAAAUACUGUAUAUAUUUAUGUAAAAAAUUUUAACCAAUUAUUAA